UCGGCGGUGGAGAGCAAUGUGGCCCAACUCUAGAAGUUAGACUCUCCGUUGGUGGAUUGUAUAUUAACCGAACCGAAUUGAACCCACAUUUCUGAAAACUUUUGGACAAAUUCUUUAGAUAGUUAGUUUGAAUUAGCUGGCACAUAUUUGUGCUAAUUCUGUCGUGAAGUCCUCGCCAUAAAAGAGAAACAGUAACAGCUGAAUGAAAGAGAUGAGCACCUCCAUGCAGAUUGACGCAGAUCUAGUGACCGCCUACGAUCACAGUUUGGAGCAGCAAAUUGUGGGACGAGGUUCCAAUCUGGUGUGUACAGAUGAGGAGCUGUGGAAGCAGGUGGAGGUGCUGUUGAGGGACGGGGAUGCUCAGGAGACACACUGCCUGGGUCUGGAUCCACUGAAGGUGAUGGAGGAGUCGCUCAAAGCUGCAGCGGCAGCAGCCAACGCUGGGCGGGUCAAAGCCAGAGGAGGGCUUCGAGGCCUGGCCAAAGCUUUCGAGGUCGUGGAGCAAGCUGCCUUGAACCUCUACCUGGGUCCCUGGCGGGAGGAGUACAAAGUUGUCAAGAUGUACUCCGGUAUGUUCACCCACUACAUCAAACCGGUGCUGUCGAUGCCACAGAUUGAGAAACUAUUCGGCCUGCUGGGGUACCAGCCCAGCUCACCUCGGCGUGAGCAGCUCCGUCUCCAGUCGCCCAGAGUCAGUCCAGCCUGCCUGGACGACCUCCUCCGCUUGUCAUGUGCCUUCUUCCUGGCCCGCUGCGAGUGUCACCUCCUACUGACAGCUUUGGGGAAGCACGCUGGUGAGGUGCAGUGGGAGCUGAGUGUGGUGAGGGAGAGGCAGAGAGGAAACAGCCUACAGGUUGCUCUGGAGAACACCAAGAAGACGCUGGAGGUCAACCAGCCUCUGAUGGAGCCGUUUGAUGAAGUAGAUCUGUACACAGAUGAGCAGGUUAAUGGGGUGCCAAGGGAGGCGGUUGUCAAUGAUGAGAGUCCCCGCUCUUUAACCUGGGUGACUCAAAGCGGUGCAUCACCCCCUGUCAAAUCACAUGGCAACGGAGUUUCUUCAUUGUCCUCCUCCCUGCCUGCCAGAGAGGACGUCUGCAUCUCUACACUCAACUGCCAGCUGACCAAGACUUCCCCACUGGAUUCAGACACUACCAGAAGCUCCUCCGCCAGCACCAAGCAACGCAAACGUCCCAGUGAAGACUUGAUGUUUGACAGAGCGGACUCACUGUCACGCAGUCUGCAGGUAGACGCAGUAGGGUGUUGGAGGAGCAAAGAUGAAGCAGACUACUCUUGCAGUUGUCUCCAAUCUCCUAAUGUUAGUCUUAAACUCUGUCUUCAAUGCAACACUGUGCACGAUAUCACCUGUGCCUUCCAUGAGUGUUACUCCGCAGAGAACCACCAUGUGGUAUCUCCUGACAGUACGAGAGAAGAGAUGGAAGAACUGAGAGCAGCGUCGCCGCAGGGUGGAAGCCUCAGAGUAAGUGGUAUGAGUGCGUCGCCAACUCUCAGCAGCAGCAGUGCAGCAAUGUCCUCCUUAGUUCUGUGUGAUGACCCUGAAUCACUACUUCCAUCUCGUCAUCCAUACGCCUACCACGUCUGCUGCGUCCUCAACCCGCCGGACCCUCAGGUUCUUUGUCUCAGCUGCGGCGUCUUCCACUCUGGUUCCUGCAAAGAGAUAGACUUCUGCCAAGGUCACCACAAGAUCAAGCAACUGGGAGUGUGCCCCUGUGGGAGGGCGAGUUCCAAAAAGCCUCUGGUUCUGUGCCGAUAUUGUGGACGUGAGUUUUGUAGGGAAUGUUGGUAUAGAAGUCCUGUUGAAUGCAUCUGUGGCCAAACGUUUGACCAGUCAUCCUCUGUGUGAUUUGUAUCGGAAUAGAAUUGCACUAAUGAGGCACAACUAGCAAAAUCACAGUAGUGCCUUAAAUCUGCGUACUGGAGACGAAAAUCCAAGUACACUAAAUCAGAAAGUCAAAUGUUGCCUUGACACAGUACUGAAAUGCAGUAUUAAGUGUGCUUUGAUUUUUCUAUUUUGGUCCUCUUUCUGAGACUGUCAUUACUCUGCAUUCUUCUAAGUGGCCAUAUUUACUGUUGUCAACCUUGCUGAAAUAUUGUGUAUAGUUGAGACUUGGUUUGUGUUCUAAGUGUAAUUUACUGUGAAGCACAAGGACGUUUGUUUUCAUCUGUAUUUGUUGCCUGCGCACAGACUGCAGUAAAAAAGGGUCAAUAUGCCACCUGUCUGUGUUAAAUGUGCUUUAUAAUUCAAGAGCAAGUUACUUUCAAAAGGCACUGCAAUCAGCAAUCACAAUCAAAAUAUUAUUGAAUCAUAAUCAGUGAAUAUGCUGACUUUUUUGACAAUUUAUUGAUUAAGCGCUUGUUUGAUAAAAUGUCAGAAUAGGCUAAUUUGAUGUGUUUAGAUUACUUGUUUUUUCCAACCAACAGUCUGAAAGAGUUAUUCAGUGCAAUAAAGGACUUUGGCACCUGGAAAAAUACCUUAAAGCUCCAGUGUGUAGGAUUUAGUGACACCUAGUGGUGUAGUUGCAAAUUGCAAGUCACUCAUUUCACCCUCCCCUUCCAAGCUUUAAGUUUGUCCCUUCUGGGCUACUGUAGAAACAUUGCUCUUAUUUUCAAGUGGUUAUACACUAAACGUUAAACACAUACCUAUGAAUAUUAUAUUCCAUUUCUGCCAAUGGAUCCUCCUAAAUGUUACACACUGGAGCUUUAAAUGACUAAUUGUUUCAACCAAGUAUUAUUAUGUUUCAGUUGACACAAGAAAACAGUGCUUUUAAACACAAUGGGUAGGGAGUGGCAAUGUAAUGUGUGUUUAUGAUGACCUGUAUGUCAAAAUGUUACCUUUUCAGAAAAUAAAUGUCUUUUUAAGCUUG